AAAAACGAGAUUGAAAUAUAAUCGGAACCAACAGGUUGGGAUUUCGAUUUCCUUGCAAGUUGUUGAACAAGAUGGAUAGUCAUCAAGACAGAUUAGAUAAAUGAAGCAGUUUGGUCAGCAACGUAGACUCGACAUUUUCCAAAAACGCGCUUUUUCUUUUUUUUUUUUUAGAGCAAGGGGGCAGUAAGACACAGUGUUUAAUUUAUUAAUUAUUUGAAUAGAGUUAUGGCUGAUAAUACCGAAGUUAAUGUGGAUUCAAUUAUUGAACGUUUGUUAGAAGUCAGAGGAAAUCGUCCUGGUAAGCAGGUUCAGUUGGGUGAACAUGAAAUUCGAUACCUUUGUUUACAUGCUCGUGAGAUCUUUAUGAGCCAACCUAUCCUUUUGGACUUGGAAGCGCCUAUUAAGAUUUGUGGUGAUAUUCAUGGUCAAUACUAUGAUUUGUUAAGAUUGUUUGAAUACGGUGGAUUUCCUCCCGAGUCGAAUUAUUUGUUCAUGGGUGAUUAUGUUGAUAGAGGAAAGCAAUCAUUAGAAACGAUCUGUUUAUUAUUAGCUUACAAGAUCAAGUAUCCCGAAAAUUUCUUUAUUCUCCGUGGUAACCAUGAAUGUGCCAGUAUUAACCGUAUUUAUGGUUUCUAUGACGAAUGUAAGAGAAGAUACAACAUCAAAUUAUGGAAGACUUUCACAGAUUGUUUCAACUGUUUACCUAUUGCUGCUUUGGUUGACGAAAAGAUCUUUUGUAUGCAUGGUGGUCUUUCUCCUGAUCUCCAAAGCUUUGAACAAAUCCGCAGAGUUAUGAGACCUACUGAUGUACCUGACACUGGUCUUCUCUGUGAUCUCUUAUGGUCUGAUCCAGAUAAAGAUAUCAACGGCUGGAGUGAAAAUGAUCGUGGUGUCUCAUUUACAUUUGGCCCUGAUAUUGUAUCCAGAUUCUUACAAAAGCAUGAUAUCGAUCUUAUCUGUAGAGCGCAUCAAGUUGUUGAAGAUGGUUAUGAAUUCUUUUCAAAGCGUCAAUUAGUCACUAUUUUCUCUGCUCCUAAUUACUGUGGUGAAUUCGAUAAUGCUGGUGCCAUGAUGAGUGUCGAUGAUUCUUUAAUGUGCUCAUUCCAGAUUCUUAAACCCGCAGAAAAAAGAGCAAAAUACGGUAGUUAUGCUGGCAACAAAAACGCACCAAGAGGAAAGAAGAAGAAUGGUUCUUCAUAAUUCCCUUCUUUUUUUUUAUUACAUAUUUUACACCCCCUCUCUCUAUCACUCGUCUUUAUUAAAGAACAAAAAAAAACAUACAAUCAAUCAUUGUUG